GCCAGACGAGUGGAGCCAGCCAGCAGGCUUCCCUUCCCUCGCGCACGUUGGCAGCUCGCGCGCGGGGGGGGCUUAGGCGUCGCUUGCGCCGCGUGCGGCUCUCGUGUGAAAACAAAGGUUGUUGAACAGUCUAGGAGGAAGAAAGUACAAUGUAAACGGUUAAGAGUAAUUGGAGCCAGGAAUAUAUUGGAUCACACUUUGUUCUGGUACUCACUGUCUUCUGCAACCAGAGUUCUUUUUAUUUGGCAUUUUGUGUGCUAGACACUGACUGAGCACCAAAAGAGCAACUGCAGCAAUUUCCUUUUCUUGUGAAGAUAGUUUUUAACAAUGGCUAGCCAGGUAAGUUCGUUUGGUGAGAAUGAGGCCACAUUCAUAGCUCCUAAGGGGAAGACACAAUCAGGCCCAGAGCUGUUGGCAAAUGUCAAGCUUAAGCCAAGUAUUUCUGGGGGAGGGGUAGUGGUGGGUUUUAGACCUCUGUUCCCCUCAGAUAAAUUUCUGACAGAUUGUUCUCCCCUGCUGUGGAAUCCUUAAUCACAUCAGCUGAAGCAGCUUGGGGGCAGAACAUGAAGCUUUGCUUUCUGCACUGUUGCACAGUGAGUUUUUGUGGUGGGACUAUCCGUUAACACUCACCAUUUAGGAUGCCUUCACUGGAACACUAGAAGUGAAAUGAUACCAUCCAUGUAAGUAAACCUUAAUGAAAAUGUUGAUCUAUAUCCCUAAGAUGAUGGAUAUUGCCUUUGUUACUGUGGCUACUGCCUCCUUCCCUUUUCCUUCCCAUAUAACUGCCUCUGCUGGCUUCUUUUUUGAAUGUGGCAUUUUGUCACUUGCAUGUUGCUGGUGUGAGAACUGAACACAAAUUCCCUCUGCUCGACGUUAGAUUCAGAUCCGGACAGUUGCCCUGAGAAUAGUGCCCAACAGUUGGCAAGAUGGAACAGUGUCCUUGAAAAGAGCCCAAGUCCCCUUUAUAUUUAAAAGAUUAAAAAAAGUGACCUGGUUCUACAUCUCAUUCACAGGACCUCAUUCUGCUAUAGUUUCUCUGAGUGAGUCUCUCAGAAAUCUUAAGCAGGAUCCUGUUGUAAAAGCAAAUCUUAAAACUAUAUGCUUGUUCAGCCUCUAAUGGUUAACUUUUUUUUUUAAAAUGAAGGAAAUCGAGGGAGUCAAAAUGUUGGCGUGAAAAGCAGUCACCCCUAUAGCCAGCUUAACCAAGUCAGAGGAAUAUGGCUUUUCAUACAAUCCUUUGGCUCUGUUAUUUUUGCCAGGCAUUUUCCCCAGAGGCUGCUUUCCCUCAUGGGAGGCGGAGGGAGAGAUGGGACCCCAGGCUUCUGUCAAGGGAAAGAAUAUCACAACAACAUCACAGUGCUUAUGGCGUGGGGAAAGGAUUUGUUGAAUUUGUUCCUCAGAUUCAAAAAGACUUUUUUGUCCUCCAAAAAAGGAUUGACUUAGAUCCCCAACCAGAAAAUGCAAAUCUUCAGGAGCGGCCAGAAUUUCCAAGGCAAGAAUUUGUUAGGCCAGAAUUUACUAGGCCAGAAUUCGCAAUAUUUGUAGGAGAGAUAACUCCUGAGGUGGAUGAUUUCUUGCUCUUUGACUACUUUUUCAAAAGAUAUCCAUCAUGUGUGGACUGCAAAGUGGCCACAGAUCUGCUGGGAUAUUCCAGGGGUUAUGGGUUUGUCAGAUUUUCUGAUGAAGGCGAUAUGAUGAGAGCAUUGCAAGAUUGCCAGAAUGCGCCUGGUCUAGGUGGAAAACGAAUCCGAUUGACUUUAGGAAUUUCCAAAAGAUUGAAAGCGGAAUUUCAGAGGUACCAGCCCUAUAGUUAUAAUGACUAUUAUCAAGACUAUCAGAAUUACUACCGUCAGUAUAAUUAUGAUAGAAAUGAACGCAUUGAUCGUUUUGAACGCUUUGAACGUUUUGAUCGAGGCAGCCGUUUUGGUGAGCGUUUUUCUGACCGCUACCCUGAGCAUUUUGGUGAACGUUUUCCUGAACGUUAUGCUGAGCGCGUUGCUUCCCGUUUUGGUGAACGCUACAGUGACUACCCUGAAUAUGCAGAUUAUCCUGAAUACGGAGAUUACAAUGCUGAUUAUAGUGACUACAACUACAGCUAUGCAUCUUAUGAAAGGAUGCAAGCGACCGGAAAUAUGGGACAACAAACCAUGAAUCCAGCUGUAUUUCAGGAGACUUCUGCGAUGGUAUUAAAUGAUGAUCUAGUAACAGAAGAUCCACAGCUCAACGUAGAUGUUCACCGAAUGAACAGAGAAUUUAUGGUGAGAAGUGAAGAACUCUUUGACACACUUAUGAGCUGUCAUUGGCAACCUCUGGAUACCGUCACCUCUGAGAUCCCCACUGCUUUCUAAAAGUGUCUUAUGUUAACACCAUAGCAUGACUAUUAUGACCAAGGUGCUAAAUUGACAUUUCUUCUACAUUACUUUAGAUCCUAAGUUUUAAAGCAGUGUUGGAUUUUUUUGCUAUGCUUUGAUGGCCUUUGUAACUUUUGUUCAUCACUCAGUAUCUUGAAAUCAUGUAAAUAUUCUAGAAAUGUAAAGAGUUAGUCUAAAGAUAGACUUGACUAUGUAAAUAAUAAAACUUCGUUUCUGCAAA